GAUGCCGAGCUCAGGCCGGAAGAUGUCUGUUUCUAAUGUUUGGAUGAUGUAUAUUUCUAAUGUUUGGCAGAUUAAAUAGCAUAUCGCCAUGCAGCAUAGGAUUGUUGUGACAGACUGAUGAAGCCGAUAGUGGUUUGCGGGAGGACGCAGGCGCCACGCGGCGAUUGAUAAGAGUAUGUGGGGUUCUGGUUUCGCCUCGUCCCGACCUUGUGUGGUUGAACUCGGGCGGAAUCACAGUGUGCCCUUGGGGAUAUGUGGUUCCGACGAGCCUCACUCUCUUUAUGGCUAUAUCGUCGCAAUCCCUUUACGGGACUACGGUGGGAUCAUGUCGGGAUUGGGUUCGGAUUCCUGGUGGAAGAAGACCAUCUAUAUCACCGGCGGUGCCCUCCUCGCGGCUGCUGCCUAUCUAUUACAUGAGCUGCUCGCCAUCAGGAAGGAGCAAGAGUUGGACUCUAAAGAUGCCAUCAUCCUCCAUCAGUUCUCAAGGCCAAACACGGGGGUCCCCAGCCUCUCACCAUUCUGCCUCAAGAUGGAGACCUACCUACGCAUGGUUGACCUGCCCUACCAGAACUACUUUGAUGGGAAGCUCUCUCCACAGGGCAAGAUGCCAUGGAUUGAGUAUAACCGGCAGCAGGUGUCGGGGUCAGAGUUCAUCAUUGACUUCCUGGAAGAGAAGCUGGGCGUCAACCUCAACAAGAACCUCAGUCCCCAGGAAAGAGCCGUGUCCCGGGCUGUCACCAAGAUGGUGGAGGAGCACCUCUACUGGACAAUAGCCUAUUGCCAGUGGGUAGACAACCUGGAGGAGACCCAGAAGAUGCUGUCAGUCACUGGUCCUCUCGGUGACAUGCUAAAGUGGAUCCUCAGCCACCUGAACAGCAGCAUGGUGCAAAGGGAGAUGUACGGCCAUGGCAUCGGACGCUUCUCCAAGGAGGAGGUCUACAAGCUGAUGGAGAAGGACAUGCGCACGCUGGCCGAACUGCUCGGAGAUAAGAAGUACUUCAUGGGGCCUAAGAUGUCGACAGUAGACGCUGCUGUGUUUGGUCACCUGGCCCAGGCCAUGUGGACACUACCUGGCACACAACCUGAACAGCUCAUCAAAGGCGAGCUCGUCAACUUGGCCAUGUUCUGUGAGCGCAUGCGCAGAAAGUUCUGGCCUGAGUGGUUUGUGGACAUAGAGGACCUGUGCUAUGACGGAGCAGACACUGACAGCAGCCAGGGCUCUCCUACAUGCCUGAUGGACUUUGGCCUGUUCUCCCGGACAGACACCAUGGAGGAGAGUGAAGCCUCUGACAAACACACACACUCACACACUCACUCCCCCGAUACGGACCAUUCGCUGUUCGACUCAGACGUGGGCACGGGCUCGGAGAACGAGCCGCAGCUCAAGUGUGACCCUCCUAGUCCUGACCCUCCUAAUUCUGCCCCUUCCAACCCCAGUCCCAAACCUCCCAACCCUUGACCCAUCCUCAUCCAGUGAGGUGGGGUGGUUUUGGCUGGGGCGGUCAGACGGCCGGAACGUCAAACUAAUCAGGGCGCUGCUAUCUGGAUUGGCAUCAUAGAGCUGCGGAACACAGAGGCACAGUUCUCGCUUCUGCUGCUGCCUCUCCCUCUCUUCCAGAGAUCUGUGCUCACACAUGGAGGCACAGUUAUAUUCCAUGAUGACUGAAAACUAUAUCCUAACAAUGUAAUAUCAGUGCACUCAGACAAACUGGGUAUUUGUAUGCAGAGCGUAUAAAUCGAACCCCAUGUUACAUGCGUUGCAUUAUGAUUUCCUCACCCCUAGUGAUGGUGACAUUGCCAACAUGUCACAAUCACAGACGUUGCCUUAUUUGUGUCAGUUGUCCCAGGGUACAGGCUAGCGUGAAACAUUUUGAGAGAGAUUGUUGGUGGAAACAGGUGUGUGUCUGUCCAUGGAAUACAGGCAACACGGCUGUUUCUUAGAAAUGUAAAUAGUGAAAGAGAGACCAUGAUAAUGGUGAUGGUAGCAGAAACAUGAAAUCACUGGAUUUUAGAGAACAGGGGUCAGUCAUUUGCUAAGACU